AUGGCAAGCGACACCACCGCCUACGUACAAGACGCCGACGACGACACGGGUUCCGCCAUCGAGGGCGGGGAGAAGACAUACGCCCGCUCUAUCGCACCCGGCAGCCCGAGCAAAACAAAAGCCAACACUCCCAAAACACGCAAGGACACCAUGAGGAGAUCGUCCCUAUCCCCGCAGCAUGGUCUGACCGACUCGGACGACACCGUCCACCCCACACCCACCGAGAAGAGAGACCGCCAGAGACGCAAGGAGAGAGAACGGGAGCGAGAGAGACAACGGGAGAUGGAGCGAGAGUUCGAGGAGAGGGAGCGUAAGGAGGAGCGCCGCCGCAUCAAGGAAGAACAAAAGGCACUUGAGCGCCGUGCCGAAAGGGCAGCCGCCCCCAAGAAGUCUGCCGUCCGGCCCCCAGCCAAGCACGUCAAGACGGCCCCCGUCGUCCACACGACGCAGAAUCCCGACGAAUACCGUAGGCCACGCUUCGAGGAUGACGCCUCCCAGUAUGGCAUUCAGCCCGCUCAAGCACCUCGCCCCAGAGCCAUGUCGAACCGACCCAACAGCUACUACGGUCAGGGCUCCCGGCCGCCUCCGACCAACGAUCGCUGGUACGCUCAGCACGGCCAGCCUCAAGCAUCGUCUCCAUUCGCUCCAUCUCCAUUGCAGCAGAUGCCGCAACAGUCUCCGUAUAUGCCAGGGACUGCCUACCCUGAGCAGACCUGGGCCCACCCCGGUGCUCCGUAUCCCGCUCAAGGACCGCCUCAUCCUCCCGGCGAUUAUUUCCCACCUCCUCAUCACGCUGCGCCUUAUGCCCCUUCUCACGCCCCUUCCCAUGCGCCUCCUCACGCGCCUCUCCAUGCGGCUCCCCACGCUGGUCCUCCUGCCCAGGGACAGGCUCAUCUAGCACAACGGUUUCAAAGGCCGUCAUCUGCGAUGGGACACCGCUCCGCGUCUUCUGGCUCAUUCGAUCAUGACUCGUACGGGAAGGAGAACGUUGGUCGGCGGCGAUCGGUCAAGAUCCGCGAUGACGAUUCCCGGAAGCUCAUGCCACCUCCACCUCGCCCGAAAACGAGCCAGCCUGCUCGACAAGCUCUGAAGGGCCCGCCUCCGCAGAGACAGGCUCCGGCUCCGCGUCAGAUUACACAGGCCGGCUACGAAUCGGACGACUUUGACGGCGACGACUCGCUCUACGAGCAGGUUGUGCAGUACGAUUAUGACGACGGCGUCAUGGACCGGCCUCGUGCCCACCGACGUGGAUCCAGUGCAUACAGCCGCGACGGCUUCCACAUCGAGCCAGCCACGAACAACGCCCGUCGCAACUCGUACAGGGCCCCGGCCCCUGGCAGCUAUUCGGAGCAAAAGUUGGCUGACGCCGAGAAUGCCGCUCUGGCCUACCAGAACGGUGUCAACGGCGGCCCUACGACGCCCCUAACUCUUGCCGCGCUCAAGGCGGCCAAGAAGAGCAAGAGCAGCCGGUCCAGUGGCAGCAGCGAGAGUCGCGACGAGAGCGACUUCCGAAAGAGCGUCACGACCCGCACAACUCGGUCUUCGGCGAUUGACAGCGAGGACGUCACCAUCAAGGUCACUGGCAGCGCCGUUCUCAAGAUUGGCGGCGCUGAGAUCCAAUGCCAGGAUGGAGGUGAAAUCAACAUCACCCAGCCAAGCCGUAACGGCGGCAGCGACAGAGCCAGCACUGUCUACUCGGACGAUCGCCAGAGCCGCAGGGAGCGUCCUCUGCCCAUCCGCGCUCGCGCCUCGAGCCAGGCUGACUCAUGGGGCCGCAGCGAGGUCAGCGAUUACGACUUUCCCCCGCAGGGGAGGCCGCCGUUCUUCUGA